AUGAUCCAAGAGCUUCUGGGGGGUGGCCAAGUAGAAGCCAACAAGAUCCCCAUAGUCGGCGGGUCGUCUUCCAGCUCGCCGCUGUCUUCUGGGCCCCCCUCCCCGGCGGCGGCGGCGGCGGCGCCACCGCCGUUCUCCUCAGCCACCAACUCCGACCAGCAGAACCUGAGGUGCCCCCGCUGCGACUCCACCAACACCAAGUUCUGCUACUACAACAACUACAAUCUCACACAGCCCCGCCACUUCUGCAAGACCUGCCGCCGCUACUGGACCAAGGGCGGCGCCCUCCGCAACGUGCCCAUCGGCGGCGGCUGCCGGAAGGCGAAGACCACCGGAGUCUCCGUCGGCCCCGGGAGGUCAACGAAAGCCAAGACGCUCUCUUCUUCAGAUGCCGCCCUCAUCAAGUCCAGCUUGGGAGGUCUCAGCGUAGGCCCCCCCGGAUUCGAGCAAGAGCUGCCGUCAAGCCAAAUCCUCUGGCCAUCUCCACCGAAUUCCCAGCUCCUCACCCUCCUAAGAUCGACAGUCAAUAACACCAGCUCCAACAGCCGCACCAUCACAUCCAACCCUAACCCUAGCCCUAACCCUAACUCAGUUAGGAUCAAGGAGGAGGCCGCAUUGAGUUUGUCACAUUUGGUGCCUGAUGCCUCAUUGCUGAGGAACGCGUUGAACGCCCGGAAUUUAGGGUUUGAUCACCUCUCACAGGUCCCCCAGGGUCUCUCCUCGCCCUGGAACAGCAACCAGCAUCAACACGGAGGAUUCCUGUUCGGGGAGACGUCAACCACAGGAAUCCAAGAGCUCUACCAGAGGAUGAGAUCCCACGGCCAACAUCACGCGGAUCACCCGGCGAAGAGCUUCGGCAACGCGGGUCCUCCUCCUUCAUCGACGAUCUCCUCCUCCUCUCCUGGUGCAGCUGUCGCACAAUCGUCCCCAUUGUUGGCGUCAACAGCAGCAUCUGGCCCUGGCGUCUUGGAGACUGCUACUCUUGUGGGAGGGGAAUUUGGGUACUGGAGCUCGCCUUUUGCUUGGGCUGAUAUGUCCACCACGAAUGGCUCAUUUCCUUAG